CCACGCUCGGCCCCGGUGCUGCUGUUGCUUUGCUUUGCUCUGGCAGCCAAGUGGCCGAGACUACCGCUAAUCCCGCUGGCUCUGACUGUGCGCUGCAUCGCCAAUAACUGCGCAAACUAAACCCAAAUUACGCAGCGUAUUUGCGACACUGUAGAGCGCAUAUCCGUGUGCGUAGUUUUCGCAUUUCACACCCCAAAUUGCGAAUAGCAGAAAUGUUUUGUGUCCUAAUGCUAACUAGGUGGGUAAGAUUAGCCAUUUAGCUCGCCAAAUCUGUUUUCUGUGCAAUCGGGAAGGGAGGGCAACGUAAGGCGAUUAGCGCUAAGAACCGUUCAAUGCGUCUUCAUUGGACACGUCGCACGCUUUUGGAAGUUUAGAUGACAUUAUUGUGAAAAAUGUCCACCACUUCGUUGGAUAAGGAGUUGCAGGAGCGGCUGAGAGAGGCGUCUGCUCUCGGGGACAUAGACGAAGUGCGGACAUUGGUGGAGAGCGGAGUGAAUGUCAACUCCCAGAACGAGAUCAAUGGAUGGACUUGUCUGCACUGGGCGUGUAAGAGAAACCAUAAGCAUAUAGUCUCCUAUUUACUCAGCUGUGGAGCAGACAAGGAUAUCCUCACUGCUAAGGAUGAACUGGCCUCACAGCUUACAUCCAAGCCUGAUAUCAAAAGACUAUUAGGAGUUGAAGUUGAGGAAGUGCCUGAAGUGAAGGAACCCGAGUUGCCAAUCAUCCCAAACUACCUGUCCAACCCGCCGUUCAUGUACUCCAGCCUGAAUGAGCAGGCCGAGGCUGUCCUGAGCCAGCACCUCACGCAGAACGGUUCUGCUGAACACACGGAGGACAGUAACGGGGAUUCUGUGCCUCUGUCCCCUGUCCACGAGACCGAUAACCAGUCCCAGGCCACAGAGAGCUCUUCCGUCCCCAGCACACAGCCUCUUAGCCAGGCCAGCAGCAGAGGGUUCAUUCCCAUGUGCGAGCAGAAUGGAGCCUCCACCCCCCCACCCUCACACAACCACCCUGUAGUGAACUGCACCGUGCCCAUGGACCUUUCCGUGGAGCCUCACCUCAACCACAUAGACCAUCAGUACUCCACUCACAACGGCACGGUCCACACCCCCCCGCUGGCCGCUCCAAGCCCCAGUCUGCCCGGGAACAGUGGAGGAGUCCAGGCCCCAGUACAGAGCACCAACCCUGGGGUCAGCCGGCAGCAGUCCAUCCCCCAACAGCUCACCUACAGCCAGGGAGGAGGACAAAUGCCAGCGUUCCAACCAUUUUUCUUCACCAGUACCUUCCCUGUCAAUGUGCAAGAGUUGGUGCUGAAAGUGCGCAUCCAGAACCCGACGGCUCGAGAGAAUGAUUUCAUUGAGAUCGAGCUGGACCGACAGGAGCUGACCUACCGCUCUCUCCUGAGGGUUUGCUGCAGGGAGCUGGACAUCAGCACAGAGCAUGUGGAGAAGAUCAGGAAACUGCCCAACACCAUGCUCAGAAAGGACAAGGACGUGGCACGGCUGCAGGACUUCCAGGAGCUGGAGGUGGUUCUGGAGAAGGCCGAAGGGCUGUCUCUGUUCUCCGGAGGCCUGACGGACAGGCCGUGCUACAACAUGAAGGCAUCUCGACUCACCUAUUAGCGCUACUACACCAAGAUCUGACACUGACAACUCGCAUCCCUAUAACUCCUAUGAACCUUUGGCUGGCCACUUCUCCUGUUACAGCUUUGUUCGGCUUCGGUGUUUUGCCAGUUUUCUAUCUGGGAUUCGCUUUUUUCCAAGCUCAGUAGCUCUCCUCCUUCUCUUCCUCCUCUUCCUCCUCUUGUUUCAGUGUGCUCCCAACUUACUGAUGCAUGCUCUCUGGGCCACGUGGAAGUCUUCAGGCCCACUCUGCUUUGUUCCUCUGCCCAGUUUUGUUGCACUUUGGUCAAUCAGCAGAGGUGGGACACUGUGGGUCUUCCACACUACUGACCAGGAAGAGGGGAUAACUCUUAGCCUUAUAUGGGAGGACGUACUUUGGUCUACAGCAAAGAUAUAUUGGAUAAGUCUGAAGGAUUUUCUAAUGUGAAAGCUAACCAGCAGAAGGACUUUAACAAUGGCUAUAAUUUCUUUUCUGCACAGGAAAAUUGGACUGAUGGAAUUUAAUUAUAUUAACAAUCAUUUUGGUUUAAAACAACAUCAAAAUGUAGAAAUAGUCACUGUGGACUAAGAGGACUAACCUUUAUAAUUUCUGCAUUUUGUUUUUUUUUGUUUUUUUCAAAAUUUUUGGUGGGCACACGUCUGAUUUCCAUGUGGAGUUGGUUACCUUAACACUACUUUUUUUUGUGUGUCUUUUGCGUCAGCGUAUCAUUGCAUCAGUGUACUAGAAUUCAAAAUACGGGUGGGUGAUAUUUCCUUUUUUCCCAAAACAACAAUGUUUUUUUAUUCUUAAUGUGCCUAUAAAUGUUGUGAAGUUUCAAAUGUCUCACAAAAAUUACAUUUUUUCCUUUUUUUUAAGCAGCUGUUUUUUCAGUACACAUUAUACUUGAUUAAUUUAGCUUGGCUUCAAAACAAUAAUGUACAUUUUUCUAUAUAUUGCCCACCUCUGCCCAGAAGAUAAAACCAAAAAUGCCAGCAAUCAUUUAAGUUGUAUUCCUCAAGUUUUGUUUAUCACUAUGUUGCUCCAUUGGAAACAGUUAACAAAAUUUUGAGAUUUUAAAAUGUAAGCUACAUAUAUUUUAAAGUUUACAUAUUGUGCAUUAUUUGAACUUUUGGGCAUCUUGGAACUGUUUUUUUUUUUAUUUAUUUAACAAUUACAAUACUGUCUGUAUGGGGAAAAAUACACCUUAAGAUGGUGGGAGUGAACCAUUGAAAUGCUAACAGUUCAGACAUGGAGAACACAAUUCGAGUAGUGAUACGCUUAUUAAGAAAUGCCCAAAAAACUCGGGCUUGGUUUAAAUUGGUAUCAUAACUAUCAGCAUAGAUAAAUUAAUUCAUAAAAGUAAAUAAGUAAGUUGCAAAAUAUGUCUACUUUAAUUUUUGAGGCCAUAUAUUUAUACAGUCCAAACACUAAGUUUUUGAGUGGAGUACCCUUACUAACAACAUUAGGGAUGCACCGAUACAAUACUGGUAUUAGAUAUCGGCGCCGAUACUGAAAAAUCUGCUAGAACAGAUAUUGGCUCUAAAAUACCGCUUCAGUCAAUAUCCAAGUUGGACAUGCAAGGUGUAAUAUGACUAUUUACUCACUGCAGUUGUCCCAGAAAGUCUUAAUGUUUUAAUUUUUAUUUACACAAAGCCGUUCUGCACUUACUUGAGAGAUAAAUGACGUCACAUUUGGAUCAGGUUUGUCUAAUUUUAUUUUAGUUCAAAGAAAAUAAAUGCAGUUUUCAGUCUCGAUACCAAUAUCAAUUGAUACUAGUGCACAAACUGAAAAAGCUGGAUCGAUGCAUCCCUAAACAAAUGCCCAAUAAGCGCCUGGUUUUAUAUUGACACUAAGAAUCAACUGCAAAAAAAGUAAACGAGUAAGUUGCGUAAUAAGUCUCCUGAGACUAUAUAUUAUACAGUUCAAACACUACUUCUGGCUGUUCCAUUUUAUUAUUGUUAUUUUUAUUGCUGACUGUAACACAUUUGGUAGUGCCAUGGAGGCAUAUGCUGCUGAUUUUAACCAUUUAAAUGCUUCUAGUUUGUUAAAAUGGUUUGCUUUAUCAAGUGUUUACUAUUAGCUUAGCCGCACACCUUAAGCUCUUAUUUGUGUAUGGAUAUCCUUUAACUCCUUUUAAUUUUAUUUGUGUAAUUAUUGUGUCAAAAAUUCAGCUAUAUAAUGGUAGCAGAGUUUAGAAAGAUAUUAAAGGUGCGUUAUGGAACUUUUCUGGUGUGACCGGCACCUUCUUGGUUUUUGUCAUGGGGGAGAUUAUUGCUUUGUUUGGAAUGUUCCACUGUCUGGUAUUAGAUUGAUCCUCUAUGGAGACAUGUUUUACAAUUUUUAAUUUUUUUCAUUUUUUUUAGCAAUGAAAAUAAGUUCUUGAAUGAAUAAUUGCCAGAUACACACAUUUAAAGGUCCCAUUUAAAGGUUACACAAAAUGCUUGCGAGUUUUAAGCCAUAUUAUAAUGUUGUUACUUCCUCAAAAACAUACCUGGAGUUGUGUUUUGUUUCAUUCACACAUUUUUGCGUAAAACUUUAUUAUUAGUCUGCACUUCUUGUAUUACCUCAUGACAUCACAAGGUGGAGUGUUUGCAUAUUUAGGAUGAAUUUCUCUCUAAAACUGAAGGGUUUGUGUGUUAAACGUGUGAAUGAAACAAAGAUAUAUCGAGGUAUGUUUUUGAUGAGGAAACAUUUAACAUAGAUCAGCAAAUAGCAUAAUAUUGGCCCUUUUAAUGCCAUAUGUUGAAAUAUUCUAGUCAAAAUCAUCUCCAUGGAGACAAAUAGGAGCCAGACCCUACCAGAAAAGUUCCAUAGCACACCUUUAAGAUUUAAAACAAGUGCAAUGUGGGGGUAGAAUUUUUAAUUAUGAAAAAAACAAACUACCAAGAGUGCUUUUAUGUUCACUUAGUUGAAAAAUUUAUACUAAGUGAGAGAAGCCUGUUUUAAAGUAGGUUUAACAGAGCCUUUGAGUUCAACAGGAGGGGAGGACUAGUUUAGUUUUGCUGGGUUGCAGAAAAAAGUUUAACUUAACCUAUGCAUUCAGAGUCCGAUAUUUUUAUAUGCAGUAUGUUGACGUCUGUGUACUUGUUCAGAUAACCUUAGCCACAGCCAGUGUUCUUCUCGGCACACGUGUAUCAUAUCUGUUACUCCAUAAAGCAUGGUUCUAUUAAACUGA